AAUGCAACUGCCAUUUUGUUUUUCAGUUGAAGGUCCAUUGCAGCUACGGUUGUUCUUGUGAAAAUGGCAUUAUUCGACGUUUAGAUAUUGCUUUAUAGUGUUUUUUUUCUUACAUUUAAAGACUGUCUUGUUGAGAAGUAGUGGAUGGUAGAGUAAAAGACCCGAAGGACCAACUUUCAUUGUAUAUUGUGAUUUAAUUGUUCUUGUUUACGUUAGGGUCUUCUGGCCUACGACGUUCUAUUAUAUUGGUACAGUAGUUAGCUAGUUGUCUCGGUGGCAAAAUGGCGGCGAAAACGACCCAGACAGCUCCAGCUGCUAACUGGUCGUAUGGCGCAGCAGCAGGUCCAGAGGGCCAGACCGUCUCGGAAAACCCAGAGUGGGAGAAGGCCAGACAGGCACUGGCCUCCAUCAGCAAGACCCAGAGCGCCACCAAGACCGCUCAGGCCAACCGGACCACAGCUCAGGCUGGUCAGUUUAAGCCUGCAGUAACUGAGUCCACAGCCAUACAGCAGCAGUACUACCAACAGUGGUACCAACAGAACCAGCAGCAGCCGUAUCCUGGRUACACCUACCCCUACAAUUACUACUACCCCAUGGCGCCGGGCCCCUAUGGUGGUGGUGGCUAUCCUCAGGGCCAGUAUGGUGUACCUCCAGGACCUUACCCCUCUCCCACCACUCCAACUGGACAGCCUCCAUCCCUGCCCGUGAUGGAUGACCAGUCCUCCAGCUACCCCUCUCAGCCAACCCCUCCUCCUGCUGCCCCUCAACCACCCCAGAGCCCCACCAGCUCUGAGCAGCCCCCACCCCCCCCUCCCCAGCCAUCCCCCCCCCAACUCCAGUACCCCCUUCCUCCAGGGCAGAACUCCUACAACCCCAUGCCCUACCCCAACAACGACCCCAAUCAGAUGAGAGGUUACAACCACAACCAGGGCAGGCCCAGCUAUGGGCAGAGCUACCACACUCAGAACUCGUACCAGCAGCAGCAGAAUAACAACCAACACCAGCAACAAGGACAGGGUCAGUAUGGACCAGGAGCUGGGAGAGGAGAGGCCAACAAAAACAAGAACCAUCAACAACAACAACAGCCACAGCCACAGCAACAAGGACAGCAGCUCUGGCACCGCAUGAAACAGGCACCUGGAGCAGGUGCGAUGAAGUUCAACAUUCCCAAGCGACCCUACGUCAUGACCAAUCAGAGUUUCCCUCCUGGGGAACAACCCACCGGAUUGGCUGCUACUCCUUCCUCCCCAGCUGCUGCUCCUGCUGCACCUGGCGGUGCCCAGACACGGCCCCAGGACUGGCCMCAGGCGAUGAAGGAGUAUGUUCAGCGCUGCUUCACAGCCUGUGAGAAUGAGGAGGACAAGGACCGCACCGAAAAGGGGCUGAAGGAGGUCCUACAGAAAAGACUACAGGAUGGGUCUGCCUACACCAUCGACUGGGACCGCGAACCUCUGCCUGAACUGAAGGCCAAGCAGUCUCGCUGGGAGGUUGUACCCACCCAGAGGACUCUGGAGAGUUCUGUGGGCCGUGGUGGGGGUACAGGUGGGUCUACGCGUGGCAGGGGUGGUGGGGCCAGGUUGGGGCACUACAGGAACGUCUUCUCCCAGAGAAGCCCCUCAUCCAGUUCCUCAGGCUCCUCCUCUCGCUCCCCCUCUCCCUCCCACAACCGUCACAGGGACCGCAAUGGCCAGAGACACAGACGCAGUGACUCUGAGUCCCAGUCGGACAGCAGCAUGUCCAGUGACCUCCGAACCCAGCUUCCCCGGCGCAACCAGAAAGGAGGGCGUGGCCGUGGGGGCGACAGGGACCGAGGCAGAGGGGGUGGAGAGAGGGGACGAGGAAGGGGCGGAAGAGGUAACAGAGGACGGAGAAACAUGGAUGACGCUAACUCCACCGUCCUGGGCAAGAAGAGGAAAGGUGGGAACGCCGGCCUGGACUUCCACGACCCCCACCGGGAGGCCAAGAAACAAAGCCGAGCGGCACGCUUCCACAACACCAAGAUGCGCUCAGAGCCCCUGGUGCUGUCCAUCAACAACCUGGAGCUGCCCAAGGAGGACCUGAGCUGGGACGACUGCCCCAUCGUGGGCACCUGCCAAGAGAUCACCAAGAUCUACCUGAGACUCACCUGUGCCCCCGACCCUGCCACCGUGCGUCCUGUAUCUGUGCUAAGGAAGUCUCUGUUGGCCGUGAAGGCCCACUGGAAGACCCGUCAGGACUACCCCUACGCCUGUGAACAGAUGAAGUCCAUACGACAGGACCUCACAGUCCAAGGAGUUCGUACAGAGUUCACAGUGGAAGUAUACGAGUGCCAUGCACGCAUCGCUCUGGAAAAGGGCGACCACGCAGAGUUCAACCAGUGCCAGAUGCAGCUGAAGGCCCUGUAUAAGGACAACCCGUCAGAGAACAUAGGGGAGUUCACUGCUUACAGACUACUCUACUAUAUCUUCACUAAAAACUCUGGAGACAUCACGACUGAGCUGGUGUACCUGACUGCGGCGCUGCGGGCGGAUGAGUGUGUGUCCCACGCUCUCUCCCUCCGCGCCKCCUGGGCUCUGGGAAACUUCCACCGGUUUUUCCAGCUCUACCGGAGAGCCCCACGCAUGGCAUCCUACCUCAUAGACAAGUUUGUAGAGAGGGAGAGGAUGAUCGCUCUCAGGGCCUUAUUCAAAACAUUCAGACCAGACUUGCCGGUGGAGUAUGUGCAGUCCAGUCUGGGYUUCCUUUGUUUAGACUCUUGCAUGGCCUUCCUCACAGGCCUGGGGGUCACCUUCUUCCCCUCUGACCCCAGCAAGAUAGACUGCAAAACCAGCUCAGCCUGUCUGGCAGCCUCCUGAGGGGGUGGGGGGUUUACCAGGGAGGGGGGAAAGCACACUAAGGGAGGUACUGAGAGAUAGACAGGGUCAGGAAUGUACCCUAAAGUUCUUCUGCACUACACUUCAGGAGGGAGACAAGUGGUUAGACUGAAACUACAAUUUAGUCCUGUAGAAAGAGGGAGAUAUGCACAAAGGCGCACUAAAUCACUUAAGGCUGAAAUUCAGUGAGGAUCCCACCCACAGAUGCACUGUACUCACAGAUAUGGACUGUAUAACAAGAGUGGGGGAGAUUAUCUGCAUACAUGCUGCACAUCAAAUACAUUUAGAAUAGCUUAGCCCCACACAUCUCUGAUCAGCUCAAGAUAUUAAUUAUACCUUCGACUUAGAACGUUUUUAUGACGAACAGAUGAUGUUAGGCAUUAGUUCAAGUUAAGACCUGAAGAUCAAGCGCCAACUCACACAGAUCAGGGAAGAGCGUAGCCUCAAGGUCUCCCAUCCACUAUCGCUCUCAGAAGUUUUAAGCUAACAGUGUUCUGUUAUGUUUUUCCUUCCCUCAAGUCAACAGCCUCAAACUCAUGCGAAGACAAGCCUUGAGAACCCAAGAGAGAGAUGAAAACGAAAUUAGCUAAAGUCAUCCCUCAAGCCCUCAUUCAACAGGCUGCUCAUCCACUCCAAAACCAAACCAUCAACCAGAGAAGAGGUUUGUCUGUUCAGGUGUUCAGCUCCAGAGACUGUGCUAGCCCUUUGCUGCUUUCAGGAAGCCUUUGUGAUCCAGCGUCCAAUCCGGGAGAGGAGGAGAUGGUGGUUUGUAUGUCCUGCCCCCCCUUCCCCCAAGCUGUCUACGAUUGGCGAUCAGGUGGGGAAAGUUACCCCCACUUCCUGUUCCGGCGUAGCCCUGCACACUUGGCAGAAAGGUAUUGACUGAGAAAUCUAAAGGUUCUGAUUGGCUCCUUGCCCAUGUUGGCCACAGCCAUCCUUACCCCACAGUUGUCCGCUACCCACAGUCCCCUGCUUCACCCUUCAACAGUCAUCACCCAGAGUUCACCAAAGUUUGACCACAAAGUUUACAUCCCAGUUAUAUCUGCUCUCUAAUAUAGAAAAUCUCCAAGCCUGGCGUCUAGUCCCUUCUGGUAGGCAUUGACUUAUAAAGUGUGAUGGUGGAUACAGUCCCCUAAUAUUUACCAAGAAUGGCCUCCGCAAUCCCUCGGUAUGUGUCCAGGAGGCAGGAUAUCCACCUCUAGUCCAUCUAUCCUCUGAGAGCAGACAAGGAGGCAGUCUCCCACCCCUUAAGAGUACCAAAUAACCAAGUUGAGGCUCUGGGCAAGCCUGUGGUGUUUCCUGAGUUACCUGAUCAACAGCCCCCUCAGCAGCAUGGAAUAGCAGUCGUCAAGCACCCCCACCACACAGGAAGAAGUCAGCUCCAUCAAGAUGGUGGCAAAGUCUCCACCUUCAAAUAUGGUGGCUGGAUCAGUUCUGCCAUACGGAGAUGAGAUCGCUGUCUGUGCAGAUGGCGGCAACGUCUGGGUUUGUAUGCUCCACACUCCGUUCAAUAAGGCUGAGUAUGUAUGUAUGGCUUGUAAGAAAAAGGACUCUUGGUGUGCUGGAAGGAGGUGGAUGACAGCACAGCAUAGAUCACCCAGUAUUCACUAUUGGCUCAUUCACAAACUAACCGUUGGUUUGGGUUAAGGUGUAUGAUAUCAAGUCAAUGGUAAUUGCUUAAAUUCCAUCCACGUGAUAGUGUGUCUGAAAUUGUGAUAUAAAAUUAAGGGUGCCAGUAUUAACCCUUGGGGAACACCCCUCAUUUGCAAGACAAUGAAGCCAAACUGUCAAAUUAUGCAGGUGCAGAUACACAAAUUCAGGUUUAAAAGGUAAUUGUCUUCUCAAUUGAAAAUUGUCAUAUUCUGCCACAAAACAUUAGUUUAGGACAUUAAUGUUGACGGCUAAGGCAUAUAAGACUGCUUAUCAAAUGUUUGUCUGUAAUCAAAUAAUCUGCUUAUUUAUUUAAAGCUAAGAAAUCAUGUGAUAUUUCUAAAACCCCAUUGUAGACAUUUUGGUUUUCAAUAAAGGCAGGUGAGAGUGAAGGAUUGUAGAGUAGUUAUUUUGGGGUCCUAUCCAGCAGUUAUACAUUAGGCUACAUCCCUGUGUAUACUCUUGAUAAGAUCUGAAGCGAGGAGACUAGUGUGGGGAGUUAAUUGUAAAUCAACAUAAUUGGCAAUACAUAAAUAGAACCUAGAAAUGGAACAUGAGUUGGUGAUAUCAGUUGAUCUAAUAUCAGCAUAUUGUUGUUUUCAGGCAUGACCUUGAAGAGUAUUAACUUGAUUCACAUCAAAGCUUGAGGUAUUUUAGUGAGUUCAGUGCCAUUGCGGAGAUAUCAAAUGUAUUUGUCACAUGCGCUGAAUACAACAGGUUCAGACUGAAAUGCUUACAUAUGAGCCCUUUCCCAACAAUGCAGAGUUAAAAAGCAAGAAAAAUGAUAUAAAUAAAAGGGAUUUGGUAAUACAAUAAAAUUAUAAAAUAACUAACGAGGCUAUAUACAAGAUAUGACUACUUUCAGGAUGAACAGAAGUCUGUGCUGUAACAAAUGUCCUGUGUGCUCAUCCAUAGAGUAGAUGUGUCAGUAUCUAAUGUACAUUGUUAUGGAUUCAGUUGGCCUUUUCUUCUCAGUAACUAUUCAUUGGACAUUUUGAUAUGUUUUAUGUUUACCAGGGCAAGUGUAAUUUUGACAAACGUAUAUGGUGAAUGAGAAGCUGAAGCAUUUUAGAUAUGGGUAAUAAACACUUAAUUCUUUAAGACAAUUGAUGUGAAUAUGUAAAUUAUAAUUACAAAUCUAAAAAGGUGGAUGAUUUGGAAUACAUUGCCUGUUUUUGAUAUUCCCGUGGAUUUAAAUGGGGAAUUGAUAGUAACUGCUUUUUGUAGUGCAAACACUGGCGUGAUUUCUACCCUAUAUUUUUGACCGCUUAUUCAAUAAGUGCAGGACAGAAGGUUUAUAUUUUGGGCUUUUACAGGGAUUGAAAAUGGGAUAUUUGCUGUAUAAACCAAAUAUUUUUCUUGCCAAAUUUCCCUUGGUUGACCACUUUCAUUUCUUACUCAUUUUUUAAAAUGCUCAUCUUCUGUAAACCCAUUUUUGUUUUUAGAUUUUAUUUGAUGCAUUUCUGUCAUCUCAACCUUUCUGGCUAUCUGUACUCAUGAACCCCUUAGAGCAGUGGUAUUCAAAGUCAGCAUCGUGACCCAUGAGGGAAAUGCGAAAACAUUCAUAGGUCAUAUUGUAUGGGACAAUAUAGAAACAUUUUUGAAAAGGAUCUUUUGAAAAAUCAAUUUUUAUUGACUAAAUGUAUUUAUUGGUUUAUUUUAAUUUCGAUGAGAUGAACAUGUAAUGAAUUUGAUGUACAUUUUUUUAAAGGGUGUCAGUAGGUUUGGAAAUUUCUGGCCCAAAAAAAUGGUCCCCAGAAAAUCUGGUGGAAAAAAUGAUAUCCCCGCUGAAAAAGUUUGAAUAUCACUUCCUUAGAGAUAAGUAAUGUACUAAAACCACCACACAACAUCCUGAUGGCAAGAGAAAGGUUUGGUUGAAGGCACUGCACUCCCAUCAGCCAAGAAACAAACUGUUACUGUGUGUGUUUGUGUUGCUCAAGUCUCCCGUUUGUCAAUUUCUUUGGAAGUAGUUUGUCAAAGAGCAAACCCAGACCUGUUUCA